AUGCUCACACUGGAUCCAAAGAAACGGGCAACAAUCGAGCAAGUCAAAAAGCAUCGUUGGUUGGAGUGUGAACUAAAAAAGUGGAACGACACUCAAACGUUUGUAAUGCAUUAUGACGCAAGUGAGCCACAGCAUCAGAUCCUGAAAUUGAUGCAAAGUCUAGGAAUUGACUGCAAUCGAACUGUACAGGUAAGUGCUGCGCAUUGCUUAGACUAA